GUUUUGUAUGUGUGAAGGCUUGUUUACCUCUUUGACUGACAAGUGAAAAAGACCACAGGGACUUGGGGAAAAGCCUCUGAUAGGAAUGAACCGUUUGAUUUCAUCCGUUUCCCCCCAUGUGUGAAUCCAUGUGUCCCUGAAAGAGAAAGUGGGUGGAGUGGGAACCGCUUCAGCUCUGCAACUGUUAUAUCAGUCUUGUUUGGAAACAGGAAAAAAAAAAAAAAAAAAACAUGAUGAAGACAGUGCCAUCUCUAAUGCUGCGCUUUAGGAGGACUACAGUAUUUGAUGGAAUGCAGAUUGUGCAUACAUUUCUGUUCGCAGCCUGUGGACACAGGCAUUUCUUGAGAACUGUCAGGGAAAUCUGCAGCUUGUCAGAUUUCCACUAUUUUUCUUGAGCUUAGUGUGAGCCUUUUGUCUCAACUGCGCAAAAGAACUACUGCACCCAGCCUUAAUUGUUGUAGCAUUGACAGAAUGCGAUCACUGUGGUAUAAGAUUGUAACAAUAUUUCCAGAUCAAAGUCUAAUCCAUUACAUAAUGAGGUUUUCAUCAGCGUUUUAUCCGUCUAAUGAGCAAGAUCAUGCAAAGCUGUUAUUUCUGUGACAUUUUGUGCAAAGCACAAUGUGUUAUUAAUUUGCUACGAAGUAGAUUUUAUUGCCCAUAUGUCCACUUUGUCUAAAAGUGUCACAAUCAUAUUAAAAGUAAUUUAUAUGGCCACAAAUGAGCUCAAACUUCAUCGUCUUUAUUUUGAUACGAAGCCGUCAUCUGAACCAAACAUUGCAGGAUUCAGCACCUUCUCCUCCUCCAUGUUGCCGUGUGACACUUGUCGCUUGUACUGUUGCAUCCUGGAAAUGUAAUUUGUGUGUCAUGGCAGCUCAGGAGUGUUUACCGCAGGGAAUCAGCAGGAAUACCUGUGUCCACUGAAGCGGUUUGUGUAGAGGAGCAUGUUGUGACAGCCAUGUCUCUGGAGAUGGAGAAGACCAUCACCAAGCUGAUGUACGACUUCCAGAGGAACUCAACCUCUGAUGAUGACUCUGGAUGUGCCCUGGAGGAAUACGUCUGGGUUCCCCCGGGCCUCAGUCCUGAGCAGGUGCAUCAGUAUUAUAACUCCUUACCAGAAGAGAAGGUCCCCUACAUAAACAGCCCUGGAGAGAAAUAUCGCAUCAAACAACUGCUUCAUCAGCUGCCACCACAUGACAAUGAGAUGCGUUACUGUAACGCCUUGGACGAGGAGGAGAAACGAGAGCUUAAACUCUUCAGCAACCAAAGGAAGAAGGACAACUUGGGCAGAGGCAACGUCCGUCCCUUCCCCCUCACCAUCAACGGGACGAUCUGUGAGAAGUGUGGUGGUCAGAUAAACGGAGGGGACAUUGUGGUUUUUGCUGCGAGGGCAGGUCAUGGAUCCUGCUGGCACCCUCAUUGCUUUGUCUGUGGCAUGUGUGAGGAACUGUUGGUGGAUCUCAUCUACUUCUACCAGGAUGGCAAGAUCUUCUGUGGCAGGCACCAUGCCGAGAGGCUGAAACCCCGCUGCUGUGCCUGUGAUGAGAUAAUCUUUGCUGAUGAAUGCACUGAGGCAGAGGGCAGACACUGGCACAUGAAGCACUUCUGCUGCUACGAGUGUGCUACCACCCUUGGCGGCCAGCGCUACAUCAUGAAGGACGGACGGCCACACUGCUGCAACUGCUUCGAGUCCCUUUAUGCAGAGUACUGUGACGCAUGUGGAGAACACAUAGGCAUUGACCAAGGCCAGAUGACGUAUGAUGGGCAGCACUGGCACGCAACUGAGGAGUGUUUUUGCUGCGCCCGUUGCAAGCGCUCUCUGCUUGGCCGCCCCUUCCUGCCAAAGCAGGGCCAGAUCUUCUGUUCGCGGUCUUGCAGCGCUGGACAGGAUCCUGAUGAGUCUGAUUCCUCAGACUCAGCCUUCCAAAGCGCCCGCUCCCGUGAAUCCCGUCACAGCACCAAGAUUGGCAAAAAGGAGCGCAGGAAUGCUGAGCAGGAGCGGCGGAGUGCCGAGGCCCGCCAGUCGGCUCCUCCACCCAUGCCUGACCGCCUGUCUGCUGAAAUUGAUCCCCUCUCUGUUCAGAUGGACCGUUUAAGCCUCUCAUCUAGCCAGACCCCAAGUAGGACACCUAAUCGCACGCCUAGCCGCACUCCGAGCCGCGCUCCGAGCCUUAACCAGGUGUGGAUGAGCCGGGAUGACCCCUACGUCCCUGCUGUCUACGAGGGCCCCCAGGGGGAGCCCUCCCCCACACCAGCACCUAUACAUCUGCUGGGUCAGUGCAACCCUCGGCAGGGGUACAACGCCAACGCUCACCCUCCAGCUCAGACUGCUGCCAAUCAAGGGAAGAGGCCUGACUCCUGGGGGAAGGAGCAAGGCAACGCCAAGAGGACCCCUAUGGCUGCACUGAGGGGCCACUCCUUCAAUGAAAACUGGACCCACCACAGCCAGGAUGAGUUCAGGCCCAACAAGCUGCGCACCCAGAUGAGCUUCAAUGAGAUGUCUAGCCAGAACCAGGGCUUCUCUGACAAGAGGAGCAUCAGCCUGCACGGGUUCCAGAGAGACGGCAGACCCCCGCUGACCAGGAGGAACCCCAUCAAUGCCAUGAGCUUCAACGAGCCCCUCACUCCUCUAGAACAGACUCCUCGUGGAUCCAUGGAUUCCCUCACUAUGUCCAAUGCUACAGCAGGUAACUCUCUGGACGGGGUCACUAAGCGCCAGGAGCAUUUGUCUCGGUUCUCCAUGCCCGACCUGAGUAAAGACUCUGGUGUGAAUGUGUCUGAAAAGAGCAACAUGGGCACCCUCAGCUCCUCAGUCCAGUUCCACAGCACAGAGUCCCUUUCCUCCUCUCGCCCCUACAACAAUAACAUGUACACUCCACUGAGAGUGGGCUACCCACUGCAGUACUGGGACGGCCCACAGCCGCUGGGCUUCGACGGCAAAGCUCGUGUCGGGGUCAUGGGCAGCAGUGGAAACCUGCGGAUGGCGCCCAUGAGCGACAGGAUGCCCCGCCGCCGCAUCAGCGCACAGGAGUCUGUGUCGCAACAACAGCCGCCACAGCCAAGACGCCGCAAACACCACCGUGGAAACCAUGGUAACGGGCAGCACCGCAGCGGGCGCCACCACAAACGCUCUCGCCGCUCCCGCUCUGACAACGCCCUGCACCUGGUGGCAGACCGGCCCGCUCAGAUGGUCGAGCUGCCCUACCGCCGCGUCCAGGAGGAUUACGAUCGCUUCCCCUCUGGAAACGCUGCUCGGGAGUUGUUUGGUCUGGAGCCAGGCGGGUACCGACAGCAGCCCCAGCGGCCCUGCCCUCGCACCACUUCUGAUCUCACCCUGCAGAAUGCUGGCUGGCAACCUGUGGGGCUGGGGGGGCCGUGCUGGGGCGACGGGUACAUGGAGGCCGCUGACCCCUGGUGCUCCAGCUGCUCCUCGUCCUCCGAGUCCGAGGCAGAUGAGGGAUAUUUCCUGGGUGAACCGAUCCCUCGGCCCGUGCAGCUUUGCUACAUCAACAACGAGGAGCUGCGCCAUCGCUACAGCCCCUCUGGGAUAGCUGCCCAUCACGGACCUCUGCACGGACCGAUUCAUGGCCAGCUGCACAACCGGCAGAGGAGGAAGAGCAAAAACUGCAUAAUUUCUUAGAUAUAGAGCAAAGAGAUGGUGAGGGAAGAGCAGGAGAGUGAAAGAGAUGAGAGAGAGAGAGAGAGAGAGAGAGAAAGAGAGAGAGAGAGAGAGAGAGAGAG